UGAGGGAAAAUUUCACCUUUGUCCUCUGAAGUUUCACGGAAAUCAACUGACAAAAGGCAGAUUCAUAGGAGAAAAGACAUACACAUUUAUUUAAUCAUAGUUUUACAUGACAGAGGAGCCUUUAGAUGAGGAUCCAAAGAUACAGGAAAAACUUCCCAUUUUUAUGCUUAAGUUCAAAGACAUUUGGACAGCCAUGUAGAAAUAUGAUUGAACAUGAAGGGCAUGAUCUAAUGCUGAUGGACUGAGUGAAGAAACCCAGCAAGACCCAUCUGUGAGGUUCUUUGUGGCCUCUCUGAGCAGUGUUCCUUUUUUCUUGGUAAGGAGUAAGACCUGUCUGGAAUGGAGGUCUUAUGAUCUACAAUCCAGUAAGGUGGCCUUUUGCCCCACCCCCAGCAUACAAUGAUGGAAAUAGCCAAUGUGAGUUCUCCAGAAGUCUUUGUCCUCCUGGGCUUCUCUGCACGACCCUCACUAGAAGCUGUCCUCUUCAUAGUUGUCUUGGGUUUUUACGUGGUAUCGAUCUUGGGCAAUGGCAUCAUCAUUCUGGUCUCCCCUAUGGAUGUGCACCUCCACACGCCUAUGUACUUCUUUCUUGCCAACCUCUCCUUCCUGGACAUCAGUUUCACCACAAGCAUUGUCCCACAGCUUCUGGCCAACCUCUGGGGACCAUAAAAAACCAUAAGCUAUGGAGGGUGUGUGGUCCAGUUCUGUAUCUCCCAUUGGCUGGGGGCAACCGAGUGUGUCCUGCUGGCCACCAUGUCCUAUGACCGCUACGCUGCCAUCUGCAGGCCACUCCAUUACAUUGUCAUUAUGCAUCCACAGCUUUGCCUUGGGCUAGCUUUGGCCUCCUGGCUGGGAGGUCUGACCACCAGCAUGGUGGGCUCCACUCUCACCAUGCUCCUACCGCUGUGUGGGAACAAUCGCAUCGACCACUUCUUUUGUGAGAUGCCCCUCAUUAUGCAACUGGCUUGUGUGGAUAUCAGCCUCAAUGAGAUGGAGAUGUACCUGGCCAGCUUUGUCUUUGUUGUCCUCCCUCUGGGGCUCAUCCUGGUCUCUUACGGCCAUAUUGCCCGGGCUGUGUUGAAGAUCAGGUCAGCAGAAGGGCGGAGAAAGGCACUCAACACCUGUUCUUCCCACGUGGCCGUGGUGUCUCUGUUUUAUGGGAGCAUCAUCUUAAUGUAUCUCCAGCCAGCCAAGAGCACCUCCCACGAGCAGGGCAAGUUCAUAGCUCUCUUCUACACCGUAGUCACUCCUGCGCUGAACCCAUUUAUUUACACCCUGAGGAACACAGAGGUGAAGAAUGCCCUCCGACACACUGUGUUAGAGAACUGCUGUGGCUCUGCAGGCAAGCGGGCCCAAAUUUAGAGACUCCAGUUCCUUCUGAGAAGGAAGAUCAAGUUUACAUAGAGCAAACUGACCUUGAAGGACGGGACACUUGGGAUGUCGUUGGGAUGUCGUUUUUCUUCCAAUAUUGUUUGAGCUCAAGGUAGAUGGAAAUCUGAAAGGAGUGUGCUCACACUAUUUCCAGACCAAGAAAAUACAUUUAUUGUUUGUUAAUUAUCGUAGUUUUGUUAAAUUGCCAUUGUUGGUUUUUGCUAUAUAUACACAUGUUGACUGUCAUCUUGUUUUGUAAAUUCCUUGCGUUGUUAUACAGCUGUUUCUCAGUAUCCGAAUCGGGUGGAUUCCAGGACGCUCCGUGGAUAAUAAAACUUUGACGAUGCUGAGAGCGCACGGGGAGACCGGAGCCGGCCUGUU